AUGAGACUUAUGUUUCCAAUUCUCGGAACCAACAAGCUGGUCAUAGCUAUUCUAUCAUUGCUCAUCAUAUAUCUGGUGUGGCCUAUAGAUCAAAUAGAAAAAGAGCAAAAACCGGCCCGCCGUGCGCCAACAGGCGAUUUCGUCAUAGAUGAGAACGCUGGCUUGAUUGAUGACGUGGAUGAAAGUGAGGAGGCCUCAAUUUAUGAUGACCUUUACGAACCAAUAGUAAAACCCGUCCGAGGAUCAUACAAUCCAGAUACCGGAAACAUAGAAGUGCCGCAAGUGAUAAAUCCGACAAUGAUCGAUGAUGCACUUCGGCGUUUAAGUAUGCGACCAUUGAGAAAGAAUGCAGAUGAGCAAGCAGAGGCGGCACAUUUUGACUUUAAUGGCGUGCGAAUAGAGAAGUACAAUAAGAUAAAAAUGACACCACUCACGCACGAGCUUGCAUUCACAGCUUUGACAAAGGAAGAAGAUCCCGGAGAUUCAGGGGGUUGCAAGGAUCUGGAGUAUAUUUCGCAGGAGAAGAUAGUCCGGAGCGAUCCAUUACCGAUUGGAUAUGGCUUUCGUUUUCAAUAUCUCAAAGAUUACCUCAAGAAAUCUGGGUACGCACAGAAGAUAGCCCAGGUGGACUUGAAGCAUAUGAAGAAAUCAGAUUGGUACAUGUUUUCGGGGUCGGCAACAUGGCUUCCCGAUGUGCAAUGCUAUAUAAUGGCCAGCCGUUUGAUGUACGCUCCAAAACUUCGUGGAUCUCCAGUGGUUUCACUCAUUUGGAUGCAGUUAUUUGACAAGGAGUGGAAGGAGCUUAUUGGCAGAAGAAUCAGAUAUCUAGGAGUGACGGAUGAAGAAGUUGACAACGUGUUGCGAGACGUUUCACUGAUUGGUGGAAAGGGGAAGGCUGUGGAGCAUCGGCUAGAUAAGAUCUCCAUAAAGUUUCCAACGGUAUUGGAUAUACCGUUUAUAGUGAAAAAUGAUGGAAGCCCGUUGGGACCGGAAGAUCCCCGCAUAGUAUCAAAAGGCACUGGUACAAACGACACGGAGCCAAUUAUAUUGUUCAACAUGCUUGCAAGCUCAAAGAGAAGGUCGAUGUUUGCGGCUUUUCCGUUGCAGAAACCAGCACCAUCAUAUGACAGUGGGGCCAAUAUUCUACAAUUUCGCCAUGGAGGAAGCAGCUCACUUACAAUCAAAGCUGUGGAGAAGAACUGGAUGCCAUUUUUCGAGAAUCCAUCCAACCCUACAGAGAUCAGCUUCGUGUACAGUAUAGACCCACUUGUUAUGUUUCGUUGUAGUCUUAGAAACGGUAAAUGUGAAAAAGUCCAGGAUGACGUCACAGGAACAGGUUCAUACGAUGGAUUGCACAAGCAUCCAGAUACAAUUGUUUUAAGAGGUGGUACAAAUCUAAUGCCGGUUCCCCAGGAUAAGAUUCGAAAAAUCAUUAACGACGACAGCAAGCCACUACCACACUUAUGGGUAGGCUUUUUGAAAACGCACGCAUGGAAUUGUGGCUGUGGAACGUCAAUUUAUAGACCCAUCAUGUACAUAUUGUCAAAAGUUGGUGGUGUGUACAGAGUGGACCUCAUGACUGAGAGUUUGGAUUUUGAUAUGGAUGUACUUGCAUUCAAUGGAAAAGAUACCAAAUGCGGUAAGGAUGGGCCGAACGUCCUUACCCCUAACAGCAUACCAUUUUGGGAUAUAAAGGAGAAGGCACACGGGUUAUUGGGUGGAAAGAAUUCCGACAUUUACAAUGAUUUUAUGGGCUUAACCAUAAGCGAAGCUGACAGGAAUGUGAAGCUAAUCUUUUUGAGAAACGUGAUGAAUUACAUAGCGGGAAUUUACCAGAACAAACAUGCCCAAGACAGCCUCACAGCUCCGCAUACUCAGUAUCGUAAAGAAACAAGGGAUGUUGAAAGAUGUGUUCUGCGAGAAUCCAUUAAUUACUGCAAACGUUACGCAAGAAGCCAUUCUUGA